AGCUUCCCACAGUGAGUGCAGCUCCCAGCAGAGAGCACAGCUUGGCUGAAGCCUCACUCCAAAACCUCAUUCCAGCUUUGCACCACCCACACACAGCUGAUGGAGGGAGUCUCACCUCUGCUCUACAUCACCAGCUGCUCGUGACUCAUUCACUGCUCUGCUCAACACGCUCUGGGCUGGAAGGAUGGAGCUUUUUCUCCUUCACUACCCCUUUACCUGUCUGCUCAUUGCCUUUCUAGUCCUUUACCAGGUGAAACCUGCAUUCAGAUUCUUCUGCAAGAUGACCUUCUAUAAGUUAUGGCUCUUCACCAUAAGUAUUGGGGUUGCCAUCCUCAGUAUUCCUCGUGGACGUAACGUGGACAACAUGAUGUUUUUGCGCAUAUUGACUGUGCCACUCAAAUACAUCUUUGGCAUUCAGAUAGUGGUGAAGGGCAAGGAGAACCUCAGGACUAAGAAACCUUUUGUCCUGGUGCUGAAUCACCAGACCUCCCUUGACAUCAUGGUGAUGAUGGAGAUAUUGCCAAGGCGCUGUGUGCCCAUUGCAAAGAAGGAGAUCCUGUACAUGGGCACAUUUGGCCUGGCCUGCUGGCUCGCAGGGGUCAUCUUCAUCGACCGCAAGAGGAGGGAAGAGUCCAUUGGCACCCUGACAGAGGUGGCACACUCCCUGCACAGGGACAAUUUGCGUGUCUUGAUCUUCCCUGAAGGAACUCGCAACCAUGGUGGGUCCAUGUUGCCCUUCAAACGUGGGGCAUUCCAGCUGGCUGUGAAAGCCCAGGUCCCCAUUAUUCCUGUAGUGUUGUCGUCCUACAGCAACUUCUACAACCAGAAGGAGAAGAAAUUUACACCAGGAAAGAUGAUCAUCCAGAUCCUGCCAGAAGUGGAGACGCUGGGCCUGGGCCCCGACGAUGUUCCCAAGCUGACGGAACAGGUCCGUGACUCCAUGCUCUCUGUCUACCAGGGGAUAUCGGGAAUGAUGAAUGGAGCUUCCCAUUAGCGAUCCCAUCUUCCAGCUCCAGCUGUGUGUGCCACAGUGCAUGGGAGGCCAUGACAACCACAGGAAGGUCUGGCAGCAGAGACAACUGUGGAUUGCAACACUGACAAACCAGAGACAGGCAAAACAUCCACCAAGAAGAGAAGCUUCCAAUGGGAAUGUUCUUGUGUUCCUCCUAGAGAACUAUUCCACCCAGCGAGACAGACACACAGUGGACAGCUGGACAUUUCUGUGUAACCAUAUGGCUGAGAAUGUCCCACCAGCUGGACCCCAGGCAGAGCUGACCCCUUUCUGUGAUCAUUGCUGCCUGCUUAUAACCACCUUUCCCUGUUCAGAUCCACCAAGGUGGAGGCAUUGAUCCCAAGCCUGAGACAAUGCUGCCCGGGAAGUGGCUGUCUUGGAGUUUGAGGGAUGCCCACAUUUCCCUGGAACACACUCAGGAGAAGGCGCUGUUUUCUUCCUCUUCCAUGGAGGAUUUGGGAGGUACCUCUGCCAUGAGAGACAGAAACAAGGCAGCUUUGGGAGACGGGAAUUAAAAACCUUACAGGUGUCUACAGGGAUUGGUGGUUUCUUUGGCAUAUUUAGCCUUCCUUUUAAGCUGUGGAAGAUUUUACUUUCAGGGCUGAGCACAUCUUCAAAGUGCAAGAGGGACAUGUCUGGGGGCUCAGUAACCAGAGGCAAAUCGCAGGAGUAUGCUGCCUAAUAUCCUUGCUAUGCCCAGAUGGAAUCAUCAUCCCUGGAACUGUUCAAAAGAUGUGUGUAUCUGGUGCUUAGGGACAUGGUUUAGUUGUUGACCUGGCUGUGCUGGACUCGAUGAUCUUGGAGUGCUUUUCCAGCCUUACUGGUUCUGCAGUUCUGUGAUGAUUCUAUGAUAACCUCAUGAUUUUUAGCACAACCUUUAUAUCUUUCAACUCAAACACACACUGGGAGCUGCAGCUCCCAAUUUUUGAGUCCAGCCUUCUGUCUUCUCUGUCAGAGGAUGCCCACCAGCCAUGAUGUGAUUUGCUUUUUUGUGCUGGUAUGUUUAGCUAUGAACUGUAGCCAAAGACUGUUUUGAACACAGAUCUGAUUAACACAGAAUCACAUGCAGAUUGACAGAAUCAUUUAGGUUGGAAAAGCCCUCUAGGAUCAUGGACUCCAACCUGUGAGUGAUCCUCACCUUCUAUACCAGCCCAGAGCCCUGAGUGCCACAUCCAGUCCUUCCUUAGGCACCUCCAGGGAUGGGGACUCUCCCACCUCCCUUCCCAGGCCCCUUCCAGGGCUUGACCACACUUUCCAAGAAGAAAUUCCUCCUGGUGUCCACCCUGAGCCUCCCCAGGCACAGCCUGAGGCCGUUCCCUCUCCUCCUGUCCCUGUUCCCUGAGAGCAGAGCCCAAACCCCUGGCUGUCCCCUCCUGUCAGGAGCUGUGCAGAGCCACAAGGCCCCACGUGAGCCUCCUUUUCUCCAGGCUGAGCCCCUUCCCAGCUCCUUCAGCUGCUCCUGGGGCUCCAGACCCUUCCCCAGCUCCUUCUCUGGACAUGCUCCAGUCUUUCAAUGUCUUUCUUGCAGUGAGAGGCCCAAAAUUGAAUGCAGAAUUUGAGGUGGGGUCUCAGCAGUGCCAGCAGAUGGAGAAAGUCACUGCCCUGAUCAUGCUGGUCACAGUGUGUCUGGCACAGCCCAAGUGCCAUUGGACUCUUGCCCACCUGGACACUUGGGAUCUUGUUCAGCCAGUGUCAACCAGCUCCCCCAGGCCCUUUUCUGAUGGAAAGAUUCCCAACCCCCUCAGCCUGUCAUUUAUGCCAACUGUAGGUGAAUGCACAAGGAUGUGUUUUAUUACUGCCCAGAAUACCCAAACCACACAGAUUCACUGUAGGAUUUAAAUAAAACUUGUUUCAAGGCUUUAA